UUGAUCAAAAUAAACCAAAUGGGUAGCAACAGUGAUUACAAUUCAUUCACCUUCAACAAUCCAUUGGAUCCUGAAGAAUUUAAGAGACAAGGUCAUAUGAUAGUUGAUUUUCUUGCCGACUAUUACUAUAAUAUUGGAAACUAUCCGGUUCUAAGUCAAGUCGAACCUGGUUAUCUUCAAAAAAAGCUUCCAUCUUAUGCUCCUUUUGGCUCUGAACCCAUUGAAACUAUCCUUCAAGACAUGAAAAAACACAUAAUUCCAGGAAUCACACACUGGCAGAGUCCUAAUUUCUUUGCAUUCUUCCCUUCAAGUGGCAGCAUUGCUGGUUUUAUGGGCGAGAUGCUCAGUACUGGACUCAACACCGUUGGAUUCAACUGGCUCUCGUCUCCGGCUGCAACUGAACUCGAGACCACCGUCAUGGAUUGGCUCGGCCAAGAGCUCCGGCUACCAAAAGAAUUCCUCUUUGCUGGUCACGGCGGCGGCGUCAUGUUAGGCACAACAUGCGAGGCAAUAUUGGCAACACUAGUCGCAGCCAGAGAUCGAAUGCUUAAUCUGGUAGGAAGAGACAAUAUUGGAAAGCUUGUCGUUUACGGUUCAGAUCAAACGCAUUGCGCGGUUCAAAAAGCUGCUCAUAUUGCAGGGUUUGAUCCAAACAACUUCAGAGCCAUUAAGACUUCGAGAUCGAAUUCGUUCUCGUUGUUACCACAAUCGCUAUUGAAAACCAUUCAGAAAGAUCUCCAUAACGGAUUAGUUCCAUGCUACUUGUGUGUAACCGUUGGAACAACUUCUACAACGGCCAUUGAUCCAGUUGGAGCGUUGUGCCACGUGGCAAAAAAUUAUGGAAUGUGGAUCCAUGUUGAUGCGGCGUAUGCAGGUAGCGCGUGCAUUUGUCCAGAGUUCAGACACCUGAUGGAUGGCGUUGAAGAUGCAGAUUCAUUCAGCCUCAACGCUCACAAAUGGUUUCUAACCAACUUGGAUUGUUGUUGUCUUUGGGUUAAAGAUCCAAAUUCUUUAAUCAAAUCGCUCUCAACAAACCCUUGGUAUUUGCAUAACAACGCUUCCGAAUCGAAACAAGUUGUAGAUUACAAAGAUUGGCAAAUUACACUAAGCAGAAGGUUCCGUGCUCUCAAAGUAUGGCUUGUUCUUCGAAGUUACGGCGUUUCGAAUCUCAGAAACUUCUUAAGAAGCCAUGUUGAGAUGGCAAAGAGCUUUGAGGAAAUGGUGAAAUUGGAUAAGAGGUUUGAGAUUGUGGUUCCUAGAAACCUCGCUAUGGUUUGCUUUAGACUUAUACCCUCAGUUGUUCAUGGCGGUGAUGCAAAUGAAAUCAAUAGAAAAUUGUUGGAUUCCAUGAAUGAAUCAGGAAGAGUUUACAUGAGUCACGCCAUGGUGGAUGGAAUGUUCGUUAUAAGAUGUGCUAUUGGGGCAACUCUCACGCAGCAAGAACACGUGAUUAUGGCUUGGAAGAUCGUACAAGAACAUGCAAAUACAAUUCUAAAUAAAACUGCUAUUAGUGCCUAG